CCUCGGCGUGGGGCAGUUCCUGGGCCAGCUCCUGGGUCAGUUCCUCCGCCGGCCCCUCCGCCGGCUCCUCGGCCGCCGCCAUCGCCGGAAGGGGCGGGGGGCGCGGCGGAACCCGCGAUGCUGCUCUUCUGCCCGGCCUGCGGGAACGUGCUGGUGGCCGAGGAGGGGCCGCGCUGCCACCGCUUCGCCUGCACCACCUGCCCCUACGUGCGCAAUGUCACCAGGAAGGUGACCAGCAGGAAGUACCCGCGGCUGAAGGAGGUGGACGAUGUGCUGGGCGGCGCCGCGGCCUGGGAGAACGUGGACUCCACGGCAGAGCCGUGCCCCAAGUGCGAGCACCCCCGCGCCUACUUCAUGCAGAUCCAGACGCGCUCGGCCGACGAGCCCAUGACCACGUUCUACAAGUGCUGCAACCCGCAGUGCGGGCACCGCUGGCGGGACUGAGGGGGCCGCGGGGAUGGGGCGCGGGGGUCCCGCCGCUGCAAUAAACCUGGCGCUGGGUGCGAGGGACCGUGUGCUGCGUGGUUGCUUUAACACUGCUCCGAGGGCAGCUGGGAACCACGGGCUCCAACGGGGUGUUCUGCCUUUGCGGAGGCCCCGGGCAGGCCCUCGGCUCACACAGCGUGAGACUCGUGCCCUGCACACCAAGGAACCGGUGCUGGAAAUGCAGACGGGCCCGAAGGUAAAUAAGCCGAAGGGUGGUGAUGAAACCCCAGCGCUGAGCCAGCUGCUGUGCCACGGCACAGAGGGCAAAGCAAAGGUGAAGCGUUUCCUCUCUUGUGUUACAGGUUUUUUUUACUGAUCAUCUAAGAAAAACGGCAGAGGGACUUUGACAUAACAAAGGAAAUGUAAAACUUAAUACUGUCUGUUGAAAUAAAAUUCAGCGCCUAUAAAGGCAGAAUUA